AUUAGGGGCAGUCGAGACUAGAGAGAUUGAGUUGGGGCCCUGAACUAUCAAGGCGGCACAAAACCGACGGCAUCCCCAUUCCCCCACUUCGCAGAUUGAUUCCCGCCGUCGUGUGUGUGCUAUCCGAUAUACGAACGACUUCUUGGCCCGACACCAAUUAGCAAGGGCUUCUGCGACAUUUUGAUCAUGUCGGCAGACAUGGAUCAGCUGCAGGGCAUGCAGGCAAAAGCGAAGAGCAUGGCCAGCGCCGUCGCCGCCAGCUUACCCGAAGCCAUUCCCUGGUCCAAGUCCUACCACCUGCCCACCGAUCUGAAGAACUAUGCGAGGCUUCGCAUCGUACGUGUCGUUGCCGCUGGCGUUGUCAUGCUCUGGUGUGCUUCCGUGUUUGGACUAUUCGCGUCUGCGACAAAGGUCAAAAUAAGCCUGCCGUCGCUUGUUGAUGGCGACGUGCUGGACCGGAAUUCGACCGAACGACUGCCUCUUAUUCCACCCAACAUAUAUCAAAUAUUCCUCGGCUGGGAACCGGACAAGGCUAAGGACUACUCAGACAAUAUUCUCAGCUGGAUCGGCAAGAGUCCCUCGUACAGCUACACGCUUCUCGAUGACGAGGGCGCCCAGUCCAUCGUCUCCAAGUUGGCCGAAUCAUCGACGCACGCACAUAUCCUACCCGUCUUCUACGCUAUGGGUCGUCGUGUAAUGCGUGUCGACUUCCUGCGCUACCUCCUCCUCGCGCUCGAAGGCGGUGUCUACAGUGAUAUCGACACAGAACUGCUCAAGCCCGUCCACGACUGGGUCCCGAAAGCGCUCCAGAACUCCACAAGGCUAAUAGUCGGUAUCGAAGCCGACCACUCACCUCCCAUCGCCGGCACGACUUACGAGACCCAAUUUUGCCAAUGGACGCUGGCCGGCGCACCAGGCCAUCCGGUCCUUUGGCGUAUGGUCGACAAGGUCCUCGACACGAUCCGCACUCGACCCUUCAGUGCUCAUUCAGUCGACUACUCUAACGACGAAGUCCUCGGCAUCGGCGGCCCGGCCGGCUGGACAGAAACCAUCUACGAGUACCUGAGCGAUGAGGCCGGCGAACCCGUCACCUGGCGGAACCUAACUGGCAUGACGGAGCCGAAGCUCUUCGGCGACGUUCUUGUCCUCCCGAUAGAUGGCUUCGCCUCGAAUGUCGGCCAUUCCGGCUCUCAUGGCGAUCAGGCUCCAGGCGCAAUGGUCAAGCAUCAUUUUAAGGGGAGCUGGAGGGGAGGCAAUUGAAUGUUCGUCUUGUAGCGUUGUUUUAUCCAAGGGCAAGGCUGUUGUGAGCGGCCUUUACUGGAGCACUUGAUGCAUGGAGUCUGCGAUGGUCUUUGUUAUAUAUACCAUGGGUGUAUUAGUCGUACAUUAGCUCACUACAGAAGCAGAAUGGAAUCGAGAAGC